GACAUUUCCCUGCAGCAACCCCUUCCCUGCUCAAUAUCUGGCUAACCUUUACUCAUCCUUUAGGUCUCAGUGGAAAUACCAUUCUUUGAAGUGGCCUUCUCUGACCACUCCCCCUUUAUGAAAGAUAGCAUAGCUCUUGUUAAAAUUUAUUGUGAAAGAAUUACAGCUCACCUGGAUCCCUAGUGUCUGGCACAUAGAAGACAGUACAUACUUUAAUGAAUGAAUGAAUUAUAGCCUAAUCAUACAUUUUGGCAUUUAUAUUUGGCUGUAUUUUUCUUUUUCUAAAAUUUUUUUCAACAUUUAUUCUUCUAGAUCUAUGCUGUCCAAUAGAGUUGCAGCUGGCUGGCCACAUGUGGCACUUGAGCACUUGAAAUGAGGUUAUUCAAAAUAGAGGUGUGCCAUAAGUGUAAAAUAUACAUCAGAUUUCAAAGACUUCUUCAGAGACAAAGAAAUAUCUCUUUAAUAACUUUCUAAUAUUGAUUAUGUGCUAAAAUGACUGUUUUAGAUAUUUUGGGUUAAAUGAAAUUUAUCUAACCCUGAGAUUGUUAGAAAACAUUACACACAUGGCUUGCAUUAUAUUUUAAUUGGACAGCUAUGUUCUAGAAUUCUAAAAUCAUUUUGUCAACUUUCUAAGAAAAUACUCCUUUGGGCUGCAUUAUAUUUAUAAAUUGUCCAUCUUUAUAGUAUCAAUUCUUCCUGCCAAAAGCAUAUGUGUCAUCAUUUAUACAUUUUUAUCCUUAUUAAAGUGUUACAGUUCUUGUAGAUCCUGACAAUUUUUUGUUUCUCUCCCAAGUAUUUCAUAGUUUCUGUUACUGUUGUUGGUUAUAACUUGUCAUUAUCUUACCUAAGUUUUUUAUAUACAAUAGUUUUGGAACCCUCCACUUAACUAGAUCCUGCUUCUAACAGAUUUUUUCAAGUGAUUCUCUUGUGUUUUCUAUGUGAAUAGUCAUCUGCCUUGAAUAGUAAUUUUGCCUCCUUUUUUCUAAUAGCUGUACAUAUGCCUUAAUUUUCUCUUGUUUUGUUGUUUUGGCUGGAACUUUCAGAACAAUGCGAAGUAAGUAAGUGGUGGGCAGACAACCUUGUAUCCAGGUAUGAGCAGGCAUGCCUUGACGAAGUGUUUACAAGUGUGCACCAGGGAACGCUAAUUCUUUGGAAUAUUCAUCUAUGCACCUUGAGAGAAGAGUUUCAUGGUUCAAUGAGUUUGCAAACUGCUGAGUUAAAUAGAAUUCUUGUCUGCUGGACUUUUCAAAUGAGUUAUUAUUGCUAAUGUGUUUCUUUAUCCCUGUAAGGUAGGGAUAGUAAGGUUAGAUCAUGGGCUUGUGUUCUACUAAAUACAUUUUGGGAAAUGCAGAUGUAAUGUUUCCUUUUUACAGAUGAUGUUGCCAUUGAUUUGCAGUAGAUGGUGUUUAUUAUAUUAAGAAAAUAUUGUUCUGUCCCUUGCUUAUUGAGCUUUUUCCUUACUUUGAAAGGGCAUUUAACUUCCUAAAAGAUUCUUGGCAUAGUACUGAUUUGGCCCUGUGUUUUUCUCCGUGGCCUACUGAUGUUGCACAUUGUGUAUUUCCUAACAUACAGCCGUCCUUACAUUUGGUCAUAAUAUGUUAUUCUUUUAGUAGGCUGUAUUUACUAGCCUUUCUUUAGGACUUUAACAUCUGUUUACUUAGGUAAAGUAGGGUUUUCUUCUUAAUGCUGUUUGCCGUCUUCUGGUAUCAGAUUUAUACCAAAUGAGUUGAGAUGCUUUAAAUAUUUUAACAUGAAUCUAGAACAGUAUGAACAGUCUGAAGAUCAUUUGUACUUUGGCACUUCUGUUUUCUUUUUUAUUUAAUUCUGCCAGUUUAUGUUUUCCUAAAAAUAUGUCUAUUCUGUACAGAUUUCAAAUUGAUUUCAAUCAUAAAGCUAGGAUAAGUACAGUGUUCCUCUUCAACUAAAAUAUUUUAGCUCAAAUUCUGACAUAAAAAUAAUUGUGAUGUGAUCUAGUCACACUAACUGAUCCUUUCCUGCAAGUCUUAGGUUUAGUUGUACAUUGUCUUGUCUUAUAGUUUAAAUUUUUUCUUUGUGAUUAUAUGCUGUUCUGUAUUACUUACUUUUUGUUUCCUUUGGUUUUAAUUUGUUGUUCCUUUUAUAACUUGUUAAGUGAUUUCAUUUACUUUUAUUCUUUAUUGUUUAAUGAUGAAAACUUUUAAGGCACUGACUGACUUUUAAAAUUUGUUGAUGUUUCAAAAUCCCCAACAUUUCAUUCUGAAAAACUUCAAACAUACAGAAAAGUUGAAUUUUACAGUAAAUACCAUGUACCCACCAUGUAGACUCUAUACUUGUUAACAGCUUACUGAGUUUGCUUUACCCCAUUUCCAUCGAUCUCUUUUUGGGUGCAUUCUCAGAUAAGGUGAAGACAUAAGUAAACCUUGGCGCCUAAACCCUUCUUGCCGCAGAUGUAAUAUUACGCUUCAUGUCAGUAGAAAUGGACAGCAGCAGUUUUAUUCAGUUUGAUGUGCCCGAGUACAGCAGCACCGUCCUGAGCCAGCUAAACGAACUCCGCCUGCAAGGGAAACUAUGUGACAUCAUUGUCCACAUUCAGGGUCAGCCAUUCCGAGCCCACAAAGCAGUCCUUGCGGCCAGCUCCCCAUAUUUCCGGGACCAUUCAGCAUUAAGUACCAUGAGUGGCUUGUCAAUAUCAGUGAUUAAAAAUCCCAAUGUGUUUGAGCAGUUGCUUUCAUUUUGUUACACUGGAAGAAUGUCCUUGCAGCUGAAAGAUGUUGUCAGUUUUCUGACUGCAGCUAGUUUUCUUCAGAUGCAGUGUGUCAUUGACAAGUGCACGCAGAUCCUAGAGAGCAUCCAUUCAAAGAUAAGCGUUGGAGAUGUUGACUCUAUCACCGUCGGUGCUGAAGAGGCUCCGGAGGGUCGGAACGGAGUUAAGGACAGCAGCUUCUUUGCCAACCCAGUUGAGAUCUCCCCUCCGUAUUGCUCUCAGGUACGGCAGCCCACCGUCAGCGGUGAUCUUCGGAUGGAGGCGACGCCCAGCAAAGCUUUGCGCAGCCGCUUACAGGAGGAAGGGCACUCGGACCGGGGGAGCAGCGGGAGCGUGUCUGAGUAUGAGAUUCAGAUAGAGGGGGACCACGAGCAAGGGGACCUACUGGUGAGGGAGAACCAGAUCACGGAGGUGAAAGUGAAGAUGGAGAAGUCCGACCGGCCCAGCUGUUCCGACAGCUCCUCCCUGGGGGACGAUGGGUACCACACCGAGAUGGUCGAUGGGGAACAAGUUGUGGCUGUGAAUGUGGGUUCCUAUGGCUCUGUGCUCCAGCACGCAUACUCCUAUUCCCAGGCAGCCUCACAGCCAACCAGCGUUUCAGAAGCUUUUGCAAGUUUGAGUAAUUCCAGCCCAUCCAGAUCCAUGCUGAGCUGUUUCCGAGGAGGGCGUGCCCGCCAAAAGCGGGCUUUGUCUGUCCAUCUGCACAGUGAUCUGCAGGGCCUGGUGCAGGGUUCUGACAGUGAAGCUCUGAUGAAUAACCCCGGGUAUGAGAGCAGUCCCCGGGAGAGGAGUGCAAGAGGUCACUGGUACCCGUACAAUGAGAGGUUGAUCUGUAUUUACUGUGGGAAGUCCUUCAACCAGAAAGGUAGCCUUGACAGGCACAUGCGCCUCCAUAUGGGAAUCACCCCCUUUGUGUGCAAGUUCUGUGGGAAGAAGUACACACGGAAGGACCAGCUGGAGUACCACAUCCGGGGCCAUACUGAUGAUAAACCAUUCCGCUGUGAGAUCUGCGGGAAGUGCUUUCCAUUCCAAGGUACCCUCAACCAGCACCUGCGGAAAAACCACCCUGGCGUUGCUGAAGUUCGGAGUCGCAUGGAGUCUCCGGAGAGAACAGAUGUGUAUGUGGAACAGAAACUAGAAAAUGAGGCAUCAGCCUCAGAGAUGGCCCUAGAUUCCCGGAUGGAAAUUCAUACAGUGUCCGAUGCUCCUGAUUAAGAGGGGUAAAGAAAUGCACCGAAACAAAGCACAUUCAUUGAUGCAUAUUUGUGAUUUGCUUUGUUGUAAUCUUUGGUUUUCCCAACCAUCUGGAAAUCUCUUGGUCUCUUGGCAGUUUUUCUAAGAUUUCUGGAAGGAACACUUCAUUGUGUUUAUCCUUUCCCCGCCCUCCCUUCCCCAAGGAGCUCAAAGCAUGAAGGGCAACGUAUCCAGGGAAAACACAGGCUGACAGUACUCCUCUUUGGCUGAACUCUUAAUCCAAAAUCUGCCAGUGAUUUAGCCAUGCCAACUGGUUGACCCUAUGUUCUCUGCCAAGAGGCAUGCUCUGUCAUUGUGUGCACUGGUGCCAGCGCAUUUCCAGGAGAGAGGCUAAGAUGCUGUCAGCUGAUACAAAUGGGUAACCUUUUCUAAUUUAAAGUACUUUUAGGAGGUAGUUAGACAAUUUAUAUAUAUAUAUAAUAAAGUGAUUAUUAUAUAUAUAGUAUAUAUACAUUCUCAAAUUUGAUUUUAUUCUGGUUGAAGUGAAUGUAAGAGGAAUAUAUAAUUUAAUACAAUGUGAACAGGGCCUUUGACUCUGUCUCAUCCCUACCUAAAAUGUUAGGGUUUUGCCCCUUUAUUUCCCUUACAAAAGAAUCUUAAUAGGUUUUCAUAUAUAUUAAUCAUUGUGUCCAAAAGCAAGCAAAGCAAAUCACAGCGUUCAUGGCUCUGCUUCAUAACAAAUACAUAAACCAAAUGCCAUAAAAUGUAUUCAACUCUAGUUGGAAACCGUUCAGAAUUUUUGUUAGUUGUCCAGUAGGAAAGCUGGACGACCUGUGGUGCUGACCUUUUUACAUAUUGUAGUGUUAUAUUAGCCAGCCCCAAAGGAGCAGUGGUUUUCAAUGUUUUUACUGGCCUACGAAUCUACCUUCAUUCUGUACUGUAGAAGCAUACAUACCAGGUAACUGAACCCAAUCACUCUCUACCGUGAGUUAGUACUCGCACGAAAGGAAAGGGAUUUGUAGUUCUGUCUACAAAAUUCUCGAGGCAAUGUUGUGGUGGUGUUUUUUGUUUUUUCUUUCUUUCUUUCUUUCUUUCUCUUUACAAACAGCCAGUUCAGGUUCACAGCAACUUUUUCUACAUGCAGUUCCCAGGGAAACUGCAGAACUUGGAAUUUGUACUUUUUGUAAAGAUAUACUCAAUGGGAAUUGCAAGCAAUAUAUCUAUCUUAGUAUUGUGUGUGCUAACGAGAGCCUCAGUGGCUUUCCCCACUCUCAGUGUUUCCUGCUUAAAGAAACCAACAGUUCAAAAGCCCUCUAAGAUAUUCUGUGUGUCACCAAAUCAUGUGUGUCACCAUUUUUUGGGUCACGUGGUGCUAUUUUUAUGUUUCAUAUCUUUUAGGUCAGUAUAGUUGUAGAAAAUGUGAAAUCUAGUGGUAACAGUGAAUUACAAUUUUUUUCCUCUCUUUGAGUUUAGAACUUGAAAAGAGACCUCAAAAGCGUGUGCUGGUGAACACGUGACUGUAUAAAAACAUACCCAAGUCCUAUUUGAAUAUGUUUUAUUAGUACUUAGGAACCAUCUUCAGUUCUAUAUUUUUUUCACCCGUGUGUGCUUCUAGUACACAAAACGGGCCUUACAAGGUCGCUUUGGCACUGUAUCCUCCAACAGAGAGUCAUCUCCUAAGCCAGGAGUUUGAUAUGACAGCGAGUCUGUGCUGCGGGCUGCCGGUGGGAGGUCGGCAUUCCGGACACUGCCUGAGAGCCCUGCUGUGCAGCUCACAGCCCGUGGGCCUCGCCUGGAGGACAGUGCAGACCUGAAGGACCGCAGGAAGGAAAAGACCGACCUCACAGGCUAGGAGUUACAGGAAUGCAAAAAUAGACGUUUGCUGGGUUUUCAUGCUUUUUUGGCUCUUAAAAUACCAAGAAUGGUGGGGUUCGGUGGGGGGGGUGUUGAUUUUGGGGGAUUUUUUUUUUUCUUUUUGUUUUGAGAAAAAGAAUCAUUCAGGCCCUUGUGUGUGAUAGCCCCCUGGGGCGGUAGCUGUGCAGUAGCAUCUCUUUAGCGCACAGGAUCUGUCCGCUCAUGUGUGAGCUGCUGCGCUGCACAUCAGUGUUAACUACGUACAGAUCACGCUCUGAUCCUGCUGCUCCCGAGGAGCAGCUUUUGCUAAAUCGGGUAUAUAGUAUGCCUUUUUCCUGUCAAACUGCCUAAGUAUAAGGGGUUUGUUCUCUCCCUGAAGCACUUGUUCAACUCCUGUCAAAGCCGCGUGCCUCAAGGGGAGGCUACACCCCAAGUGUUUACCCACUUUAAAUAUGUUCUGGGGUUUCAGGUAAAUGUUGUGAUCUUUUUUCCUUAUAUGAAAUAGUUCGGUUUUGAUUUUUUUUUUUUGAAGAAUUAAAUGCAAAAAAUUUGUGUUGUGAUACAAAAAAUUAAGUUUGUGACAAGAAAUGCCCAAGUCAGGGACAUGAGAGGUGAGGCUCAGGGAAGGGACCUCCUUUUCACUCAGGCUUGGGGCCUUCUGAGGGGUCUCCAGAGCAUUCUGUGAUAUAUGAGACAAGUUGGGGGGGGGCACUCGGAGCAAGCACCUCGAGUGGCCUGGUUCUUGUCACUGUGUCAGUCUUAACCUUAUUUACAUGGAGGUCUUUGUAUUUGUAAAUUUGUUUAACUGGUUUGAGUUUACCAAAGAGUGACUUAUCCAAAAUUGUCUUUGACAAAAAUAUACAUUGCUUUGAUUGUACAGUUCAGGUUCAAACAUUGUAAUGGGACUGUUAAGGGGCAGAUUAUUGAUUGAGUUUCUCUCUAGUAGUUAUGAUUCCACAUUUUGCAAGUUCCACUUGCUCCCAUUCAUGUUGCUAACACUUUACCCUUUCCACUGCUAGCAGUGUUAAGAAUGAAUUCUGAAGCCAUAACACAGUACUGUAAGGUUCCACAGGGCUUCGAGGGAGGCAGCAUGUAGGCCAGCACAGAGCUGUGUGGCCUCUCUGAGCAUGCAUACUGCCAUGCUUCCCAGUGUGCAUGGCAGGUGAAGGGUUAACUCCACUCAGAUGGGGCCGCAGCAGUCAAUUGUGCCUUGUCACAUGAGGAUGUGCCAGGAGGGUUAACAUGACCACAGCCCAGAAACAUUCUCUCCCUGAAGUUCGCUUCACGUCUCGGCACACGGAGUAUGCUGUGUAACUCCUUAGAGCAACUCUUUUUGGAAAGCAAAGUCCCUAUUUCUGUACAGUUUUAGGUUAGAUGUUUCAUUUAUAACAAAUGCAAAAAUCAAUUAACAUAAAAGUGAUAUGUGAAGAAAUCUUUUACAGUAAAAUAUAUCCUGAAUUCAUAUGGGUUUGUUCAUAAUUGAGUCUCUUCCUUAGCUACCUUUUCAGAUAUUAGACAAUGUGAAGACAGUGACAGCGUCCUUUUCUAUAGGUAUUUAACCUAUUAUUACAAACUGUGAAAACAAAGAAUAUUAUACUUUAACUAAUGUUUGUGGUUUUAAACAGUUACUUUCAUUCUCAUCAGUUCUCUACCCUCUAAUUUCCACUAAAGCUGUAAAUACAUUUAGAAAUUAUAUUUGUAAAUACAGUAUAUGAAGACAAGUUAAUUUUUUGGUCAGUGGAAAGCCGCCCAUUCAGCUCUGCCUUGGCAGUUUGGGUUUUCUGUUUUUGUUUUUGUUUUUAACAGCAGAAAGGAUACUGUCUGUCGGUUCACUGUUAAGCAGAAUAUACUGUAGAACUAAAUUGAUAAUUUUGAAAUCUUCCAGAGCAUGAGUAGAUGUCUUUGCUAAUGAAAGCAGUUAUAACCAAGUCUUUGGCUUUCCCUUAGCCCAGACCAUAGUCCUGCCGAUUUUUGUGUGUGGUUUUUGUUUUUACAGCUUAAAACUCUAGGAAGACUUUGCAGGAACACAAAACAAGGGCUGGGGGGAAAUCAUCUAUGUGAAUGAGCUUUACUUUAAAGAAAUCGACGUAUUUGAUUUUACCGACUUUUUCUGUUAGUUACUGUGACUUUUUUGUUGUUGUCAGUGUCAUUCUUGUUAAAUUCUGUAAUGGUUUCCUGUGAAGCCUCCACCGAAAGGGACUCAAAUAUGCAACACCUAAACUAUUUUCCAAGGGCACAUGCCCCUUGAAUGGUGCUUCUAGACUGGUCAGGGUUAUUUAUUAAAUUUUAUAUAUGAAAGUAUUGGGGAAUUAUGUAAAUUCUUUAUAUGAAACUAUCUAGUUCAUAAAUCAUAGAUUUCAUAUUACUCAGCGCAACUGAACUAAAGGUUCAGAAGAGUCAUUCACAUUGUUCCAAAUUUGUAAUGGUUGUCACACGUCACAUGCGUCUUUUUCAGUAAGUGCCAGAGUGUUUCCACUGUGUCUGCCCCGUGCUUGACUACUUGGCCCAGAAGAGAACCUGCUUUCUCUGGUUCUCCUCCGGGUCUGGCACAGACAGGGCUGUGGUCGCUCCUGAUCAAGUCCUGGAGCGAGCCUUGCCGCAGAUUCAGUGAACAGACCUCUUGCUGUCCCUCAGUGACAAGUAUGCUGUGAAUUCAACCUCUGGACUUGCUGCCCAAGCCCUGGGUUGCUGCCCUGACCAUAGUAAGAGGUAAACUUACCUGAUUUCUUUGAAAAUGACCAUUUUCCUAAUGUGAAAACCAUCUCUCUCACCACUUUUAUUAGUAGGGCUAACAUUUUUUCCGUUAUAAAUGGUUGAGCAAUUUGAAUGACUUAACACAGUGUCAUUAUCUUGCAAUAUAAACUGGUAACCUCACAACUCCACACUUCAUCACCAUAUGAAGUAAAUGAAGCUAGCUAAGCGGAUGCUGUAUCAACUAGUAACUUGCCAUUAAGGAUUAUUUUAUAGCAUGAAUUUAAGACUAUUUAUUCAAAUGAUAUUUUACUCUUGUAUUCAUUUUGUUUUAGAUUUGUGACAUGAAUAUUUCAGUGCUGCUUAAUUUUGUUCUGAGUUCUUGUUUCUUGCUUGUAAAUGGCUUUUUUAUGGUAUAAAUAAAGUCAAUGGACAUUGCUGUUUGUAAAUAAAAGUGCUGCUAGAGCGAAGGCAAUGUGGUCUCCCUUUGUGUCUGCCCCUCUGGCCUCCGUGAGCCUCA